AGGUCAUAUCCGGUUUAUGUUCCGCUGUCAGUUGCCGCAAAGUGAGACACAACACGGACCUUUAACUCAGGGACAGUCACACAACUUGGAUAGCUUAACUGCAGUCUUGCACCAGUGACAGAUAUGUUUUCCUUGUCGUCGACGGUCCAGCCACAGGUGACUGUACCCCUGAGUCACCUCAUCAACGUCCUCCACUCUCUGAAGAGCUCAGUGGAAAGCAGCAGCAGUGUCUCCUGCAAAUCAAGGAAACACAAGGAGCGUGCUGCAGACCCAGAACUACACUGUGCCGAGUCUGUGUGGAAUUUACGGGAGCUGGGGUUAUCCGACCUGGGAACGCAGCAGCUGGAUGAGCUGGUGAACCGUGUGUUACCAAACUUGAACCCAGAAGAAGCAUCACUUGCACUUGGCGGUCAGACAACCUGGAGGACCUCACAUCUCUCCACACACUCCUUUUUCCACAAUAAGCAUGGCUUCUCAUGGAAUCCCCUCUCAGCACCAGUGUUUUCAAGGCUGCAUCCUUCACCACUUCAGUCUGUCUGCACAGAGCUGAAGUAUUGGCCAGUGCUGGUUCAGUCCAGAGGUUUUAAAACUUUAAGGAGCAAAACCAGACGACUGCAGUCAGCUUUCGAACGCCCUGCAGAGUCUGAAGGGUACACGCCAUCUUUUAUGAAGGGUUUUCUCACACGUGACAAGGGAAUGGAAACUGAAAGUCUAGACAGCCUGCUGAAGAACAAGAACAUACCUGAUGGACAGCAGGAGGCUUUCAAGAGGGGCUUUGCUGAGGGCUUCCUGAAAGCUCAAGCCCUGACACAGCGCACUCAGGCCUCUCUGAGGAGGACUCGUCUAAUCCUGCUGGUGCUGCUUCUUGUUGGGUUGUAUGGUAUCUCAAAGACCCCCUUCAUAUCGGUGCGGUUCCGAACCACCUCAGGCCUGGACUCAGCCGUGGACCCCGUGCAGAUGAAAAACGUGACAUUUGAGCACGUGAAAGGGGUAGAAGAAGCCAAGAACGAGCUGCAGGAAGUUGUGGAGUUCCUGAAAAAUCCACAGAAGUUCACAGCCGUGGGAGGAAAGCUGCCUAAAGGAGUUUUACUUGUGGGCCCUCCAGGGACUGGAAAGACCCUGCUGGCCAGAGCUGUGGCAGGAGAGGCAGAUGUACCAUUUUACUAUGCCUCCGGGUCAGAGUUUGAUGAGAUGUUUGUUGGAGUGGGAGCGAGUCGCAUCAGGAACCUCUUCAGGGAGGCCAAAGCCAACGCUCCCUGUGUGAUUUUCAUCGAUGAACUGGACAGCGUGGGUGGGAAAAGGAUCGAGUCUCCCAUGCACCCUCACUCCAGACAGACCAUCAACCAGCUACUUGCUGAGAUGGAUGGGUUUAAACCAAAUGAAGGUGUGAUCAUCAUUGGAGCAACCAACUUCCCAGAGGCUUUAGAUAAUGCCCUGAUCCGCCCAGGACGGUUUGACAUACAGGUGACUGUACCCAAACCAGACGUGAAAGGACGCACAGAAAUUCUCAACUGGUACCUGAAGAAGAUCAAAGUGGAUCCAACUAUUGAGGCCAAUAUUAUUGCCCGAGGCACAGUGGGCUUCUCUGGCGCUGACCUUGAAAAUCUGGUGAACCAGGCAGCCCUGAAGGCAGCAGUUGAUGGAAAAGAUUUGGUCACUAUGAAGGAGCUGGAGUUUGCUAAAGACAAAAUCCUCAUGGGCCCAGAGAGAAGGAGUGCAGAGAUAGAUGAGAAGAACAAACGCAUCACAGCGUACCAUGAAUCAGGCCAUGCAAUUGUAGCUUACUACACCAAAGAUGCAAUGCCAAUCAACAAGGCUACCAUCAUGCCCAGAGGCUCAAGUCUAGGACAUGUGUCCAUGCUUCCAGAGAACGACAGGUGGAGCGAGACUCGCUCUCAGCUUCUGGCCCAGAUGGACGUCAGCAUGGGCGGCCGUGUAGCUGAGGAAAUCAUAUUCGGCCAUGAUUACAUCACAACUGGAGCAUCAAGCGACUUUGAUAGUGCCACCAGGAUUGCUAAGAUGAUGGUGACCAGAUAUGGAAUGUGUGAAAAGCUGGGAAUAAUGACCUACACUGAUAUGACAGCACAAAGCCCAGAGACGCAAGCAGCUGUGGAGCAUGAAGUCAGAGUGUUACUGAAGGAGUCGUAUGAGCGUGCCAAAGCCUUGCUGAAGUCUCACGCCAAGGAGCACAAGAACCUGGCAGAUGCUCUACUCAUGUACGAGACACUAGAUGCCAAAGAGAUUCAGCUGGUCCUGGAGGGCAAAACCCUGGAGACUAGAUGAAGCCUGUGAAGGCCCAAAUAUCUGUGGCCACAGUGGGGAAGAGGGUAGAUUUGAAGAGGUCAAGGUGUAGAAAAAAGAAGGAUGGAGGGCUGCAUUUAUAAUGUCACUUUACAAGUGUUCCUGUGGGACAAUCUCAUACCUUCAUGCUGUCACCUUCGUGGAAUCUCAUCACUAUCCCCAGAUAAGUAGUGCUGUUAUCUCAAACAUAAACCUGAUUUUCCCAAGUUCACACAUAAGCAGCUGUUCUGGCUCGUUGUAUGGGAUAAAGGUUAAAAGACUAAUUGCCUAAUAAGAUGUUGCUCAGGUCACUUUAUCGCUUGGUUGGAGGAAACAAAACAUGAAUGUAAAUACAUACUGCUAUUAGAACAGCAUCUGUUUUUUUUUUUUUUUUAAGGUUUCUCAUGGCUUAGCUGUGGGACCAUAUUUCUCAUUAGCCAGAUAAAAACAGAUUCACUUCCAGUCAGUAAGAAAUUCCACAUGUAGUGCCAGCCCAAAGACGUCAUUUGUAACCAGAAUAUAUGUGAAUCUUAGCUCAUGGUUCAGUUGUCUUCCAGUGUUUGUGUUCAUAUCUGAUACCUGUAAGGUCUAUUUCUGGUGUUUCCUACUGCCCUGUUGCUUCUUUUUGAAGGUGACCUUAUGGGGAGUGUAACAUAAGCAUAUUUUUUUUUCUUAAACUACAGUGGCUCAGCCCUUUGGUGUGCAUUUAAAAUGUUCUUGUGCACACUCUUUGUGUCGUCAAUUUUUAUUCAUGCUGCGUGUGCAGAUGCAAGAAAAACUGCUGCUUAGGUUCAAAAAGCAUGCGGCACAAACAGGCUGCGUUUUAUGUAGUGAUAGCGCUUUGGGAUCGGAAGCUUUCCAGCUCUGAAAUAAUAGUACUGGCAUCAUUUAUUUAAAAAGUCUGAGUUUGUCUUUUGAAAGCCUCCUCGGUGAAGUAGUAGUUUAUCCUGUACAUGCAAAUUGUGAAAUAAAAACUCUUCAAUUAUUCAGAGCAGCUAAAAGGCCAGCUCUGUCAGGUGUCUGUUUCAGCCCCUGUUCUGAUUGCUUAAGCGGAUCUGGUACUGCGUACUGGACUGUUUUUGUAAGCAAAAUUUGCACAACACAGUGGCCGAACAAUGCUAAAUGUUUCCUGGCACUUUUUUCCAGGUGUGAAAGAUGAUAUGAGGAAAAACAGAGUGAAUUUCGUCUGUAAGGUGACAUCGCUGACUCCAAAUCAAACAUUUUACAGCACAGGUUGUACAAAUGGACGUUCAAGCACCUGCCAAAAUGGUGAAUGUCUUUCCAAAUGUGUAUAUAAUCCAUAUUUAGGAUGCUGAUUUCAGCAUGUUGUCCAUCUUAGUGUUUUAUUUUUGCUUCAGUUUGGCACAGUAUAUUCUGUUUGUUGGCUUUUUAUCGAGUAGCUUAGCUGUGUAUAUAAUUAGGAUAAAAGGGGAACACUGUAUAUAGAUGUAUAGUGAAGCUUUUAUGCUGUGCACACUGAAUGGCUCUCUGCUGUACAUCUCUCCUCAGUGUAAAGGAGAAGGAACCCAAAUAAAGACUUAAGUGUGUA